GGCUGCUCUCAGGAACCUGGCAACUCACCGCGAGGUUUCAGCUGCAUCACGCAAGUCUGGUCAUACAUAUUCCGGCGUGUUGUAUUGGUAAACAGGUAUUGUGUAUUGUGACCAGUCAUGGCUGAUGAGGGAUAUGUUGUCCGCAUCCGAGGUCUCCCUUGGUCCUGCUCAGUUGAUGAAGUCCAGAGGUUUUUCUCAGAUUGCAAAAUUGUCAACAAUGGUGGUGGCAUCCACUUCACAUACACAAGAGAGGGACGCCCCAGUGGAGAGGCAUUUGUUGAGUUAGAGACAGAGGAAGAUCUGAAGAUUGCCGUAAAGAAGGACAGAGAAACCAUGGGUCACAGAUAUGUGGAGGUGUUUAAAUCCAACAACGUUGAGAUGGACUGGGUCAUGAAACACACUGGUCCAAAUUGUCCAGAGACAGCAGGAGAUGGACUUGUCCGGCUUCGAGGACUUCCUUUUGGUUGCAGCAAGGAGGAAAUAGUACAGUUUUUCUCAGGGUUGGAAAUCGUGCCAAAUGGGAUAACAUUGCCGGUGGACAUCCAGGGGAGGAGUACGGGGGAGGCCUUCGUGCAGUUUGCUUCACAGGAUAUAGCUGAAAAGGCUCUAAAGAAACACAAGGAAAGAAUAGGGCACAGGUACAUAGAGAUCUUCAAGAGUAGCCGCGCUGAGGUGCGGACCCAUUACGAGCCCCAGCGGAAGCCUAUGGGCAUGCAGAGACCGGGCCCCUAUGACCGGCCCUCUGGUGGUCGCGGCUACAACAUGAUGGGCCGAGGGGGAUCCUAUGACAGAAUGCGUCGUGGAGGCUAUGGAGGAGGCGUAUCAGAUGGGCGGUAUGGCGAUGGUGGUUCUUCCUUCCAGAGCACAACAGGCCACUGUGUCCACAUGAGGGGCCUACCAUACAGAGCCACAGAGACAGACAUCUACAAUUUCUUCUCACCGUUAAAUCCAGUACGGGUCCAUAUUGAGAUCGGCCCAGAUGGGAGGGUAACUGGAGAGGCAGAUGUGGAGUUUGCCACACAUGAGGAUGCAGUGGCAGCCAUGUCCAAAGACAAAGCCAACAUGCAGCAUCGCUAUGUGGAGCUAUUCUUAAACUCGACAGCAGGUGGCAGCAACGGCGCCUACGGCAGUCAGAUGAUGGGUGGCAUGGGGAACCAGUCGUCUUACAGCGGAGGCCAGCUGAGCUCAGGGUAUUCAGGAGGAUACAGCAGCCAGGGAAACAUGGGUGGCUACAGUGACUAUAUUAGGUAACCAGGGCGGAAUGGGAAGCAGUUACUACGGUGGCGGUGGAGGAGGUGGAAGCAGAGGCUCUAUGAAUGGACUGGGUGGAGGAUGGGGAAUGUAGAGUUUGUUUUCACUCCCUGACGUUUAUGUGCUUUGUUUUUUUUAAUCUCAGCAUUUUGCUGAAAGGACUGGAAAUGUAUGUCUCACCAAGUAAACAAGCAAAGGGUAGGGUCAGGUGAGGUUGUGUUAAAUACUGAGGGGUAGGGUUUGUAUUUUUUUUUUUAUUAUUAUUCAGAUGAUCUUAAGAAAGAAAAUGGUCAUCUAUCACAAAACUGUCAAGAGAGAAGUGCUGUCUGUCUUCCUCAUUCCUCACAGUUUUGUCACAUUACAGAAACCAUGCUUUAAAUUGUCAUUACUAGGAAGUUUUACAUGUUUUUUGUGUUCUCCAAACACCUCACUGUUCCUCGAGGUUAACUCAUUUUGUAAUGUUGGCUUUAACAUGAGUGUUGAGUGCAUGAACAAACUGAAAAUGUCUAUCCUCUGACGUGUAGACUUCGUUUCAUCUUAUACAUGUCUCUUUUUUUUUUUUCCCCAAUUGAAAAAUGAUUCUAAAUUUGAGGUUCAAUGUGGUCCGAGCAUGUUUUUGUUUUAAGGUGUGAUUGUGGACAGGGCAGUUUUUCUAGAUGAGGGCUAUAUCAAGAGCAGGCGAAUUUCAAAUCUGCUGACAUGAAGGUUUCUACUGCUUCAAAUGCUAUUUGUAUUUCCUGUGCACAAAGUGAAUAAACUAGUCUGGAAUAUCUAAUUGAAA